UGAUUCAAUCAGAGCCUCUCAGAUCAUAUCCGAACACCCUUCAGAUAACAACCUCACGUUUCACCAUCACCCCCUUCCGUUUUUUGUCUGCAUUUGGAUAUCCACAGAUAUAAAACUGUGUUAUCGGAUAAAUGGAGGACGAUUUUGAUAUUCCGACUGCCGGAAAAUUCAACGAAACCGACGGAGAAGACGCAAUCGGCGACGACAUGGACGCGCCCGAAGGUGGAGCUGGCGGGAAAGUAGGAGAAGAGAAGGAGAUUGGAAAAGAUGGGUUGAACAAAAAGAUCCUUAAUGAAGGUGAUGGCUGGGAUACCCCCAUUAAUGGCGAUGAAGUUGAAGUUCACUAUGUUGGAAGUUUACUCGAUGGAACUCGAUUUGAUUCAAGCCUCGAUCGGGAGCUGCCAUUUAAGUUCAAGCUCGGGCUCGGACACGUGAUCCAAGGGUGGGACGAUGGUAUCAAGACUAUGAAAAAAGGCGAAAAAUCCCUUUUUACAAUUCCUCCCGCUCUUGCAUAUGGUGAAUCCGGAUCGCCUCCCACUAUUCCUCCUAAUGCAACACUUCAGUUUGAAAUUGAGUUGCUUUCAUGGACCAAAGUGAAAGAUAUUUCCAAAGAUGGAUGUAUUUUGAAGACAAUAGUAACUGAAGGACAAAACUGGCAAACUCCCAAAGAUCCAGAUGAAGUUCUAGUUAAGUACGAGGUGCGGCUUGAGGAUGGAAGUUUAGUUUCAAAAAGUGAGGAAGUCGAGUUUACGGUUAAAGAUGGGUGUUUUUGUCCUGCAUUGUCAAAAGCUGUGAAAACAAUGAAGAAGGGAGAAAAAGCCCUCUUCACAGUGAAGCCACAAUAUGGAUUUGGGGAGAACGGGCGGGACCCAUCAGGUGGUGAUGAAUGUGUUGUGCCACCAAACACCACCAUUCAAAUAACCGUUGAGUUGGUUUCAUGGAAGAUUGUUUCAGAGGUUACAACAGACAAAAAGGUUUUAAAGAAAAUCUUGAAAGAAGGAGAAGGGUAUGAUCGUCCGAAUGAUGGUGCAAUUGUUCAAGUGAAAUUGGUCGGGAAACUCGAAGAUGGAACUGUCUUUGUGAAUAAAGGACACAACGAGACACCAUUUGAGUUCAAGAUUGAUGAAGAACAAGUUAUUGAUGGAAUUGAUAGAAGUGUGAAGACGAUGAAGAAGGGUGAAGUUGCAGUGUUGACUAUUCAUCCAGAGUAUGGAUUUGGUUCAAUCGAAUCACAUCAAGAAUCAGCAAUUAUUCCUGCGAAUUCCAAUGUGUAUUAUGAUAUUGAGUUGAUUUCAUUUGAAAAGGAAAAAGACACGUGGGAAUUAAGUACACAAGAAAAGAUCGAAACUUCAGGGAGAAAGAAAGAAGAAGGGAAUACGCUUUUCAAGAGACAAAAAUACGAGAGAGCUUCAAAAAGAUACGAAAAGGCUCUUAGUUUCGUUGAAUAUGACUCAACUUUUAGUGAUGAUGAAAAACAAGAAUCCAAAAUUUUAAAAAUCAGCUGCAAUUUGAACAAUGCUGCAUGCAAAUUAAAACUGAAAGACUAUAAACAAACAGUAAAGCUUUGCACAAAGGUCUUGGAUGCUGAUAGCAAGAAUGUGAAGGCGCUUUAUAGAAGAGCCCAAGCGUACAUUCAACUUGUUGAUUUGGAUCUUGCAGAGAUGGAUAUUAGGAAAGCACUCGAGAUUGAUCCUAAAAAUAGGGAUGUGAAGUUGGAGUACAAAUUGUUGAAAGAAAAGGUGAAGGAGCAUAACAAGAAAGAUGCACAAUUUUAUGGAAAUAUUUUUGCGAAAAUGAAUAAAUUGGAACACCUACAAUCUAGUAAUGGAGCAAGAAAGCAAGAAACGGUGCCCAUGACGAUUGAUAGCAAGGCAUGAUGAGUGAAUUUGGACUUGUUUUUUUGCUCUAUAAUCACUCUGAAUAACUAGAAAAGCAGUCUAGAAAUCAAUAUGAUUACACAUGUUUUUGGUUAGUGAGGUUUUUUUGAGGAGGUACUGUAGUGUUUUUGAAAAACUUAUGGAAAUUGAUUAGUAAUAAUAACUCGCAUUUUUUGGAUCUUUCCAUACUUAA